AUGCGUUCCGCAAAUACAGCAACAGUGCUCGUCAUAGUAACAGCAGUGGUUCUUGUCGCGGUAAGAGGAAGUCCUACGUCGAUGGAUGAAGAAGAUCGACAGGAAAUUGCCAGUCUCGCAGCACGGAUAAUCAAACUGGCGAUGUCAAGUACUAACUACUAUACAAGUAAUAAACGUAACGCGGGGACCGUGGACUCGCUGUAUAACCUACCGCACCUCCUUGGCGUCGGCAAACGGUGA